UACUGAUAAUAACUGUUUUGCCUGUAUUAGGAAUGUGUAUGUAGACAUAUAGACACUAGAGAUGUCCAUUCUCAGUUCAAGCUAUCCUGUUGAUAGACAACUUGAAUCCAAAAAAAUAAAAUCAGCAUUGAAAUAAGCGAAUUAAUUAAAUAAUAUAAAGUCAGGGGGGAAUGGCAGCCUAAUGUUUAAGACAAACACGUCAUACAAAACGCAGUCAUCACGGUUUAACUAGUGGCCCUGUCACUGCUCUCCAUCAUAAAUUAAUAAAUAAAAGUUAAUAAUUAUAGAUUAUAGAUGAAAUAAGUGAUGAAUCUAGAUUGGUUGUCACUGAUACCAGAUCAGUUUGGGCAGUGACUAUCUGACUUCUUUUUACUUCAAAGAGUUUCAGAGAAUUCUCGCAAAAUCUGUUCAAGCAGAAAUAAACGAGAGCUCCUACACAGCACCAGGACAUGCCUACUGGACUGAAGUCAUAACUCUGCCUAAAAUAAUGCUAAAGCAUCAUAUGAUUCCAAAUAAGGCCAAAGACAUAUAUAUUUAUUUUUCCCUUUUCUGACCUAUGUACACAGAGUCAGACGUUUUUAGAUAAUCUGAGGUUUUGCUGGCGUCAGAAAGCUUAGCCCUGACCUCUAGUGGUUCAUAAAAUCUCAUUCUUGCGCUGUGAUGAGUACUCACAUAGAUCUGAAUUAUAGAUCGACUGCACAGGAUGAUGACAUAUACCUCCUAAAGGGAAUUUUUUGUGCUGUCUUAUUUACAGUUAUAGAUUCAUACAGUUGUUUCAGAGUGACUUCACAAAGCAGGUUAUUCUUGUUCUACUCUUCUUUCCAGUGGAGUUCCCUCCAGAGGAUUUUCUCUCACUACAACUGAAUUUUCUAGCAGUCAUCAUAAGUUGGCCCGGGGCGCAGGUGAGCAGGUCUGGUUGGUGUUUCUGAAAAGGACUUGUGGGAAGUGAUAGGGAAACAAAAAGUGGGGUGACGCAAACCAAUGUGCAAUGUUUGAGAAAAGACCUAGUGACUCAUCACAAGUCUAAAACAGAAACAAAUAAAUAUUCAUGAAAAUUCCCACACAAUAUGUUUUAAAAGAUCAUAAGUCAAAUAAGGCAAUGAAUUAAUAAGGAGGAGAAGAAUAAUGAAUCUAAUCUGAUAACAAUUACACAGCAUGUCAGUGAUGGUGAAGGCCUUUUUCCACAGUGGCCACAUUACACCACAGAGAAGAGGAAGUCUUCCAUCAUUCCCUUUCCUUUUCUUCUAAUCAGGCCUUGUGACAUCAGGUGACAUUUCAUUUAAUUGCAACAAACUUCCUCCUCCUGUAAAACUAACCUGUGUGCAGGUGGAUGCAUGCAUGCGUGUGUGUGUGUGUGUGCGUGUCACUACCAGGUAAAAUCCCCUUCUCUCCUCUAUAAGAGGAGAGAGGAUGGAGACACGAAGACACGAAGACACUUCACCAGGAAUCUGAGGAACACAGACACAGGUGAGUUGAGACUCAUGUGCUGCUGCUCUGGGUCACAGUGGCGGGUGAUAGAAUCUGAACACUAAAGUUGGAUGAACAUGACAUAAUGUUAAUGCCAGGGAUUUUAAAACAAGAUAAGUAAGGGCUUUGGCUCUUAGUGUAUAUGCAUUUUUUUCUGUUUUAAAUGUGUAGUGAAAACUCCUACUGUCACCUUAUAUUGAUUGUUUAUUGACAUUUUGAAAUGUGUGAGUCUGUUCUACUUUUGUCUAUUUUGAACACUAUGGGAAACUGUGGUGGACAUUUUGUUCUGCUUCUUCACUUAAGAGACAGUUCCUGUUGUAAAUGAAAUGUUUCUUGUUGCCAGAUAACCGUAGUGAUGAACAUGCUGCCCGCCUGCCUCACCUGCCUGCUCCUCCUGCUCCUCAGCGGUCUGAGUGAACCCGUGGGGGCCGGAAGUUUGCAUCUGGACAGCUGCUCUGUCAAUGUUCACACACAAGAACUGCGCAAAUAUUAUUCUGACAUUCAAGUAAAUGCGCUGUCAGGAGACACUGAAAUCGGAGUGAAAAUUCUGGAUAGGUCUCUUAUGAAAAAUGUUCAGGAGGGCCAGAUGUGCUGCUUCAUGCGUCUAGUGUUGCGCUUCUACGUUGAGAGAGUGUUCAGUAACUACAUCUCUUCUGAGCCGCAGCAACGACGCAGCUCCAGUGCUCUGGCCAACGCCUUCAUCACCAUCAGAAGAGACAUUCAUAAAUGUCACUGCAACUGCGCAGAAGAAACCCAGAGAACAAUUGAUGCUGUGCAUGCUGAGUUUAUCAAGCUUCAGAUAAACCAGGCGGCAAAGAAGGCAGUGGGGGAGCUGAACACUGUCCUGGAGUGGCUGGAGACGCUGGAACAGAAAACACAUACAUGAUACAGACACGCCGCUCUUUACCUGCUAAUGAGCACAAUGUUGUUGAUUUAACUUUUGUGCCAUUUUGCAUUGUACUUGAAUUAACUUUAUAAGUUAUUUUUAUCCACAAAGACGUGGGCUGAUGCAAUAUUUAUAAUUACCAAAAUGCACUGUAGAAGUAUAGUAUGUAUGUUUAUCAGACAUAGGAAAACUGUUAGGGUGUGCUUUUACUGUAAGGUUACCAUGCAGACUAAAAUACUGGUUAAAUAUCAAGCUUUUAUGACAACCUUUAACAAAAUAAAUAAAUAAAAUAAAUAUUUUCUGAAGUUUGCCUUGUGUCAAAACAUGUCUGCUGUGUGUUACCACCUAGUGGUGAACAAUGGAAUAAAG